UGAGAGUCAAAUCACACAAGGAGUGGAAAGAAAAAAAACAAGAGAGCAGAGGAACAAUGGAGUCCACGUCGUCGGAGCAGUUGGCCACAGUGGACGCGCUGGUGGAAUCGUGCAUCCAAGCUUUUGAUGAGAAGGGCUGUUUGAAGGACACUCCCUUGGUCCGUAUGUUCCUCAUGAUGCACCCUUGGUACAUCCCUUCCACUGACAUGGCCAAGAAGCUGGUGCUCAAGUCCCAAGAGGAGAGCUGCACUGCUGAGCGUCGAACAAGAAUAUGCCACCUUGUCAAGUACUGGAUCUCCGAGUUUCCAGCAGAGUUCAAUCUGAACCCGGAGCUGGCAGACCAGAUCAAAGACUAUAAAGACCUCCUGACCACUGAGGGCAACGAGCGUCAGAGUCAGCUCAUUGACCUCGACAGUGUGCCUUCGUAUAAAUGGAAACGGCAGGUGACGCAGCGUGUUCCGUCGGUGUCCAAAAAGAGGAAAAUGUCCCUCCUCUUUGACCACCUCGACUCCUGCGAGCUGGCAGAGCACCUGACCUUCCUCGAGUACAAAUCCUUCUGCAAGAUCCUGUUUCAGGACUACCACAGCUUUGUGAUGCAUGGCUGCACGGUGGAUAACCCCAUCCUGGAGCGCUUCAUCACGCUCUUCAACAGCGUUUCCCAGUGGAUUCAGCUCAUGGUGCUCAGCAAACCCACAGCCCCACAGAGAGCCGCCGUCAUCGCCCACUUCAUCAGGGUGGCACAGAAACUGCUGCAGUUGCAGAACUUCAACACGCUGAUGGCGGUGGUGGGCGGCCUCAGCAACAGCUCCAUCUCCCGCCUCAAAGACACGCAGGGCCACAUCAGCGCCGAGACCAACAAGGUUUUUAACAACCUCAUUGAACUGGUGACCUCGUGCGGGAACUACAGCCAGUACCGCAAGCGCUUCUCGGAGUGCUCGGGCUUCCGCUUCCCCAUUCUCGGGGUGCACCUGAAAGACCUGAUAGCCGUGCACGUGGCCCUGCCGGACUGGGUGGACAAAGAGAAGACCCGGGUGAACCUGGCCAAGACGCAGCAGCUGUACGCCAUCCUCCAAGAGCUGGCGCUCAUCCAGACGACGCCUCCUCACGUCGAUGCCAACACGGAUCUGCUCAACCUGCUCACGGUCUCUCUGGACCAGUACCACACAGAGGAGGAGAUUUACCAGAUGUCUCUGCAGAGAGAACCACGGAAGCCAGUGAACUCCAGCCCCGGGCCGGCGCCUGAUCCCAAGCCUACAAUGAUCGACGAGUGGGCCGUGUCAGUGAAGCCCAACGCUGACCCGACCAUCAUCAAGAAACACAUAGAGAAGAUGGUGGAGUCUGUCUUCAAAAACUUUGACGCUGACGGCGACGGCCACAUAUCCAGGGAAGAAUUCGAAGCAAUCCGGAACAACUUCCCUUACCUCAGCAAGUUUGGAGAGCUGGACAAGAACCAAGACGGCAAAAUCAGCAGAGAGGAGAUGAUCGAUUACUUCAUGAAAGCCAGCUCUCUGCUGAACUGCAAGAUGGGUUUCAUCCACACCUUCGCCGAGGCCACCUACGUCAAGCCCACGUUCUGUGAGCACUGCGCUGGCUUUAUAUGGGGCUUUUACAAGCAGGGCUACAAGUGUAAAGCCUGUGGGGUGAACUGCCACAAGGCCUGCCGCAGCCGCCUGGCUGUCGAAUGCCGGAAGAGGACCAAGAGCAUCAGCCAUGAGACGCCGCCAGCUCUACAGGCCAGAUCCUACAGCUUCCCUCCGCCUGCCAACACCCCUCCCAGCUUACAGAACACAGUCAUUGUUGAAGAGGAUAUAGAGACAGUGGAGGAAGGAGUGUUUGAUGUCCACCUAUAACCAGGAGCCGUGAACUGAACGUGUGCUUUGCACGGAGGAGCCGGCACCAGUGUCCACCUCGCUCUCUUUUAAAAAUCCUUCCAACGGUUCGUGUGCAAGAGGCCAAAUCAGCAACUGCUGGGAGCCGCAGACUCAGACUGUUCUGCAGAGUGUGUCAGUGUGCGUGUGUGUGUGUGUGUGCGUGUGUGCGUGCGUGUGUGAGCCUCACAGCCCCUCAACACGGAGGAGACGCUGCACUGAACACAAAAACCAGGAUACCUACAUGGUGCCACACAGUGGACACACACUGCAACAGCGACUCCACAGAAUGUGACAGCGGAACGUCUUUGUGGUGUAAAAAAAUCUCUACAUUUCAAUAGCAUUCCAGCCAAGCGUUAACGUUACUAUAUGUAUUGUUUGAUCCACAAUAUUGUAUUUUCUUGAUGAAAUGUUUAAAGUCAGUAGAAUCUAUAAUCUGACGGGAAUGGUCGCCACAACAUGAUAGAGGUGCUGUUAUUGCAAGAAUGUAAACCUGUCGCCCCCGUACUAAGCCUCCGUCGUCAUCUGAGAAUCUCUGCUUUGUUAUUAUCCAUCAUCCUGUUUUUGAAAAUACAUUUCAGUGGACCAAUUUUGAUGUCGUGUAUAUAAUACUGUUGACGGCGACGAAACCAACCCUUUUGCAAAGAGCAAAACGACUGUGGGGGGGGACGGGGGGGACAGGGGACUUUGAUGAGCAUCAUAUUUUUGUCAUGUUUUCCUGAAUAUCAGUAACUGUCCUAUAGUUCUUGCUGUUGUGGUGUUUUCAGUAUAGAGUGCUGUCUUGUAUCGGUGCACUGAUGAUCUCUCCUCGUAGCAGAAACAGCGACGCGCUGCUGUCACGCGAAGAAGAAACCCACUCCCGGAAAGCUUAAAUACAAUAUAUGUAAAGUGAAGUGUCAAACUUUUAUUUACCGCAACGUUAAGGUCAAUCACGUUCUGUGAUUCCGGCUUCUUAAACGUGAAUAUUUUAUAUUUUAUAUUCGGUAUCUUUUGGUUUGUGGACAGAAAAGAAACGGCACCACUUUUAGCAUUUUAUGAACCAAACUAACGGAUUCAUUGAGAGUAUAAUUGAUGGAUCGGUCGGUACAAUAAUGAGAAUAAUGAUUAGUUGGAGCCCUGCAUCAAAACUGGAGGCUUUUUGUGCGACAGCAGCAAACACAUUAUCCUGAGAAUCUGUGUUCAAGUUAAAUUUUAGUGUUUCUUUUUUUUUUUUUAUCCUGCAUGCUUUUCCCCCUUCAUGCCUCUAUUCUCUACUCUUCUUACUGAGCAAUUCUUAUUUUAAUGUUGCAUGCCAAGUUCUCUUUCAUUUAAAACGUGAGGUCUUGGAAGUUCCAGAGCUGAAAAGGACGAAGCUUGCGGUCUGAAAUGUUCUGAUACUUUGUGCCUGUGUGUGUGGAGAAUUCAGACUUCUAGUGCCAUAUUGUUACCUGCUGGUUUGUCAUUGAAUGAAACUAUCACACUGCUGGUAUUUAUUUUUCUGUAUAAAAAGCGAAACAGCUGCCAGUCCUUCUGUGUCACAUAUUUGUUUGUUUGUUUGUUGCUUGAAUGAAUCUUUGAGACGUCCGUGCUCCAUUCUUGUGGACCCCAGACAUUAGUUUUCUGUUCUGUUCAAGAAUUUCUGUACCUAAUAAGAAUGUUACUGAAAGAAA